CAUACCAUACAUACAUUUCUUUCGCAACACCACGAUCCGUCUCUCAUCCCAGCACCUGCAAACGGAACCAGAACAGCACAAUGGCUGCAACGCCACCUUCCUCCUUCCAUGGAGCUGCAGCUGCAGCCAUGUGCCUCCUACUCUUCUUCCUCACGUCAACCGUCGCGGCUUCCUCGCCGCCUGUAGUCUCCGGUGCAAAGACGUCAUCGUCGUCGUUCAACGGCAGCUGCAUCGCGGCCGAGAGGGACGCGCUGCUCUCCUUCAAAGCCGGCGUCACGAGCGACACCAGCAGACUGCUGAAAUCGUGGCGAGGUGAAGACUGCUGCAAGUGGUACGGCGUGAGCUGCAGCUCCAGGACAGGCCACGUCCUGAAGCUCGACCUCCACAACGGUUUCUUCCAAGAGGAUUUGCUCGUCAAUGACGACCGCCGAGUCGUUCAUUGGCUGCGUGGGCAGAUAAGUUCAUCGCUUCUUGCCCUACGCCAUCUCAAGCAUCUAGAUCUAAGUGGAAAUAUUCUCGGAGGCAAUAUGUCUAUACCGGAAUUCAUCGGUUCUCUGAAGAGCUUGACUUAUCUCGACCUCUCGAACGUGAAUUUCGUUGGUCGAGUACCUCCUCAGCUAGGCAACCUCACCAAACUGACAUACCUCGACAUUCACAGGCAUUUAUUUUAUGCACGUGCAUUUUCAUCGGAUGUUUCAUGGUUAGCAAGUCUUCACUCUCUGCAGCAUCUCGACAUGGGCGGUGUGAACCUUAGUGCAGCGGUUGGUUGGGUUCAUGUGGUGAACAAGCUUCCAAAUUUGAGAGCACUAUAUCUCAGCAAUUGUAGACUUAGUAGUUCCAUCCCGUCACUUCGACACCAUAACCUUACGGUUCUCGAGGCACUUGACCUCUCCCGUAACCCUUUUAACAGUCCAGCCUCACCCAAUUGGUACUGGGAUGUAACUAGCCUCAAGGUUCUAGACAUAGAGAAGUGUGAAUUGUCAGGGCCCUUUCCGGAUGAGUUGGGAAAUCUGACCAUGUUAGAGGCCCUUGAUAUGGGAUGGAAUAGCAUCGAGGGGAUGAUACCAGCAACAUUGAAAAACCUAUGCAGGUUACAGGCGGUAUACCUUGCCGAAAACAACAUUGGUGGUGAUGUAACAGAUCUAAUAGAGAGGUUACCGAACUGUUCUUGGAAUAGCUUGCAAGAGUUAAUUUUGUUUGGGACCAAUAUUACUGGCACGACUUUAAAAUCGUUACUCAACCUCACUGCCUUAAGCACACUUUUCCUUCAUCGAAACCACUUGAGUGGUUCUGUGCCUGUGGAGAUAGGAACACUAAAAAAUUUGGUUGGACUGCAUAUUGGCAAUAACAGCUUUAGUGGUGUGAUAUCAGAAACUCACUUCUCUAGUUUGACGAAUUUGAAGUCCAUUGACUUUUCUCAAACUUAUCUUCAAGUCAAGGUUGAUUUGGAUUGGAAACCUCCAUUCGACUUGGACGCGGCAUUUCUUUCAUCUUGUCAUUUGGGUCCCAGAUUGAAAUGUCGGAUGCAAGUCUCGUUGGUAGGAUCCCAGAUUGGUUUUGGACUACAUUUUCAAAUGCCUGGUCUCUGGACCUCUCUUAUAACCAAAUUAGCGGUGAGUUACCACCUAGUUUAG